AUGGCUCAUGAACAGAAACCUAAGCAGCCUAACCUGCGAGACCCAGCGCAUAAUGGCAGUUUCAAUGCCUGGCUACUCGGAAGUAGCGUUGCGUCGUUGGCAUCAGCAAUUCAUUUGAUCCGCGAUGCAAAUGUUCCUGGCUCCUGGAUUCAUCUUAUAGAGUCCCGCAGAGCCUCUGAAGAUGGCCUCGCUAUCGUGGGUGAUCCAGAGAGCGGAUAUGACCAUCGAGCUGCAUGCAUGCCAAGUUUGAGCGAUAUCUGCAUCGAAGAAAUCUUUACCUCAGUGCCCUCGACGACAGAUUCAGGGAAGACUACCAUGGAUAAUGUGGAAAAAGCCAAAACAGGUCUAGCUCCCACAUGCCUUUUCAUCCAAUGUGGUCAUGAUCUGGAGAUGAUAGACGCCAGCAAGUUCAGCAUAACCUUGAAAGUUCGGACACAGUUGGCGGUUUUCAUGAUGAAGCCUGAGAAGAGCCUGUGUAGGGGGGAAAUUAAGCAGUUUUUCGAAAAAAGCUUCUUUGACAGCAAAUUUUGGGCUAUCUGGUCUUCCAUUGCCGUGGAGUUCCGUCGAUGCCUUCGCAGGUACUUUCGCGACUUCCGAUCUCUAAAUACCUUUGCCAUGCUCGAUCGCUGCCGAUACCGUCCAUAUGAAGAUAUCGUUGGGCGGAUGACCCGGUUCCUCCAGAAUCAAGGAGUGGAUUUUCGAUUCAGUAGCAAAGUCACUGAUAUUACCGUGGAUCCAGGCCAUGACUGUGGUGCGGUUUCGGGAUUAAAAUUCACACAAAACGGAUCCGAGAGUAUUAUCAGCGUCAGCCCUCGCGACAUAGUUAUCAUGUCGCCUGGGUCAGUCAUGUCAGGAUCCACGGGAGGCACCAAUUCAAUACCACCAUCAUUAGAAUUGCUGGACGCAGAGGACAAGCUCGAUGAGAAUUGGUCACUUUGGCUGGGAGCAAGCCCAAAUCUCGGCGAUCCAUAUAACUUUUGCACCCGCGUCAGUGAAUCCAGGUUGGAAUCUUUCACAAUCACAAUCAAAGAUAUCGAAUUUUCCAGCCUGCUCAAAUUGUUGACGCAUAGCGAGGCGGGUUCAUCGUCUUUGAUCUCACUUCGGCAUAGCAAUUGGUUCCUCAGUCUAUAUAUCCCACGUCGGUCUUCUUUUCCGCAUCGGCCCAACGAUGUACAGGUUUUGUGGGGCUACGGCUUAUUCCCUGAGCGUGAAGGGAACUUCGUCAAAAAGCCGAUGCUCCGUUGCUCUGGGAGAGAGAUCAUGAUUGAAUUGCUACAACAUCUUGACGUCUCUUUGGAACAUCCCAUUCUCAAUAAUUCAAUCACCAUCCCGCGCCUAAUGCCACGAUUAACAGCACCUUUGCUUUCUCGAACCUAUGGAGAUCGCCCAAGCAUAAUAUCGGAGAACACGGCCAAUCUUGCAGUGGUUGGGCAAUUUGUGGAGAUGCCAGACGAGUCUUGUGCAACUAUGGAUCACAGUGUGCGAAGCGCUCAGGCCGCUGUAUAUCACCUGAUGGGUCUUCAAAAGGAGAUAAGAAAAUCAGAACAAAGCUCGAUCCUUAACAUAUUGGGCUUCUAA